GAGGGGACCACGACUCCCGUCGGGCCUCGCGGCAGCGUUUGGGCGCCCCGUCCCCCCCAAACGUCACCCCGCACGUUGGCCACGCCCACCGCCUCCUUCUUCCAACGGCCGGGGAGAGAGAGAGAGAGGGAAGAUGGCGGAGCUGGCUGCCUUAGCGAGGGGAAGAGCAGCGUGAGACCAGGCUGGCGGCGGGGAGGCCGCAGGGAAGGAAGACCCAGAGACUCACCGCUUCGUUCUCUUUGAUAAACCUCUUCCUUCCUCCAAUCCCUGUCCGAGGAGGGAGGGGGGGAGGGGUCAUUAUCCAAGAUGGCCGCCCCUCCCCUUUUCCAUUGACAUCUACCCAGCCCCCCAUCCCAACACAGGCAGGCCUUUAUAGACAAUAUAUGCCUCACCCACUCUUCCCCAAGACCCCAUUUUGGCGUGGUUGACUGAACAGACCCUGAGAACCUUCAGGAAGCCAGGAUCUGGCUUUGGGAACUCUUUGAAGACCCCUCCCCGCACUCCCAUUGCUUGCAUUCCAGUGUCAAACGAUUAGGAGGAGGGGGUGGUGUCCCCUUGCAUUCCCCCUGCAACUCCCCUUGCCUUUCCCCCCCUUGCUGUCCCCCCUGCAACUCCCCUUGCCUUCCCCCCGCAACUCCCCUUGCCUUCCCCCCCCCCUGCAACUCCCCUUGCCUCCCCCCCCCCGCAACUCCCCUUGCAACUUCCCCUAGCAACUCCCCCGGAACUCCCACUCCCUCGCUGCACCUGACCACGAUUAACCCGCUCAGGUCAAGAGGGGCGAGUCAGGUCGCAGCUCCCCAAGAGAGGCGACUGGACUCCCCGCCUCUCAAGGGUUUGUGCCCGAGGGGAACGCAGGCGCCCCUGUGGGUUCUUUUUGUGACUCUGCGCCUCUCCUCAGUUAGUCUCCCGAGUCGCCAACCUGUUCACUCGCCUGAGCACUGACGAGAGAGAGAGAGUGGGGGUGGCAGUGGCCAGCUCCCUGUGAUAAGUGAGUGGCCGUUGGGCACUGUCUCCCUUGUGCAAAGCCAUCAAAAUCUACCUAAGGAUAGGAGGAAUAAGAGCGCUCUCAGCCAGUGCCCUGGGUGAACAGACAACUGAGGGCUGGUUUGCAAGCCAACCCGCGACAUAGUCAUCCUCUGGGUUGUCACAUUGACUAAACCGUGCACCACAGCCCACCGCGGCUCGCGGUUCUCCCGUCACCAAGAGACUGCCUGGUUUGUUCGCCCGGACUCUCUUCUGUACGAGCGCGUCUGCGUCUUUGCUGGUCAAAAGGCUGAACUGAAGCCAAGUGGAUCGGAGUACUCUGUUCAUUUCCUGACUCAUUUGUCGGAGGAGCGUUUUCGUUUAACUGAUCGGCGGUUUUCCUGGACAGAGAGCAGGAGGGAGUAAGAUGACAAGGAGCCAAGGAGGGAGCGGGCACCGUCCAGUCGUUCUCCUGCGUUGCUAUUCCGCGUGAACACUCCCAUCUCAAUCACCGCUCGCCAGCUCUCUGCUUGCGACAUUCCAGAGUGUGGGAAGGUGACAUUGGGAAUUGUGAGCUGGGAAUCCCGGAGCUCCUCUGUUUGCUUGCGGGCCGGAAGGACGGUGCCGGGCCCCCCCCCUGCCUGCGGCGAUGGCAGACGCCAAGCGGAGCAGCCAGCAGUGGCCGGAGGAGCAGGUGAACCGGGAGCACGGGCUUUACUCCUUGCACCGGAUGUUCCAGAUUGUGGGCGCCCAGCUCACCCACCGCGACGUGCGGGUGCUCUCCUUCCUCUUUGUCGACGUGAUUGAGGACUACGAGCGCGGCAUGAUCCGGAGCGGGCGUGACUUCUUCCUGGCGCUGGAGCGCCAGGGGCGCUGCGACGAGACCAACUUCCGGCAGGUGCUGCAGCUGCUGCGCAUCAUCACGCGGCACGACCUGCUGCCCUACGUCACGCUGAAACGCCGGAAGACGGUUUCUCCAGAUCCCGUGGAUAAAUAUCUCGAGGACACGUCAGUAACCUACGUGAUGCCACGCACAUUGGCAUCAAGUGGAUCACCCGACUGUGGCAAAUCAGAGUCGGCUCCCCGCUGGCUGUGUUGCGCACCGGGAGCGGGGCCUCCCCUUCGCCCGAGAGUCUGUCGGGGCCGGGCGCCAGCGCACCAUCGUGGCAAGCGGAAGAAAUCCGCCCUCGUCGAGCCGAACGAGAAGCAGACGUGCGAUAUUCGCCUGAGGGUGCGCGCCGAGUAUUGUCAGCACGAGACGGCGCUGGAGGGCAACGUCUUCUCCAACAGGCCGGAGCCCCUGGAGCGGCAGUUUGAGCGUUUCUCACAGGCCAACACCAUCCUGAAGUCGCGGGACCUGGGCUCCAUCAUCUGUGACAUCAAGUUCUCCGAGCUGACCUACCUCGACGCCUUCUGGCGGGACUACAUCAACGGCUCGCUGCUGGAAGCCCUCAAGGGGGUCUUCAUCACUGACUCGCUGAAGCAGGCCGUGGGCCACGAAGCCAUCAAGCUCCUGGUCAACGUGGACGAGGACGACUACGCCGCCGGGCGCCAGAGGCUCCUGCGCAACCUGAUGCACCAGCACGCCCCCUGAAGGCCCCCCCCACCGUGCCCACCUGCUGGAGCCCCCCCCCCCUCCAGGACCUGCUGUCCCCAGCCGCAGCCCCUGGACGGUCUGUCUCUCCUUCCUCUCCCCUCCCCCAAGAUUCACCUUGCUUCCUCUCUGCCUCUCCCCUUCCAUGAGAAGCCAUUCUCCCAGGGUCUCACCUCCCUCCCCCCACUUCCCACCAAGGGUUAUUCCCUUUUCCCUCACUUGUCUGUCUCUCUGUCUGUCCGGCCUGUGCUGGGACAAAGCCAACUAGUGGAUUAUUCUCAUCUCAUUUCCCAGCCCCUCUCUCUCUCGCCGUCUCGCUCUCUCUCGCCGUCUCGCUCUCUCUCGCCGUCUCGCUCUCUCUCGCCGUCUCGCUCUCUCUCGCCGUCUCGCGCUCUCUCGCCGUCUCGCUCUCUCUCGCCGUCUCGCUCUCUCUCGCCGUCUCUCUCUCUCUCGCCGUCUCUCUCUCUCUCGCCGUCUCUCUCUCUCUCGCCGUCUCUCUCUCUCUCGCCGUCUCUCUCUCUCUCGCCGUCUCGCUCUCUCUCGCCGUCUCGCUCUCUCUCGCCGUCUCGCUCUCUCUCGCCGUCUCGCGCUCUCUCGCCGUCUCGCGCUCUCUCGCCGUCUCGCGCUCUCUCGCCGUCUCGCUCUCUCUCGCCGUCUCGCGCUCUCUCGCCGUCUCGCGCUCUCUCGCCGUCUCGCUCUCUCUCGCCGUCUCGCUCUCUCUCGCCGUCUCGCUCUCUCUCGCCGUCUCGCUCUCUCUCGCCGUCUCGCUCUCUCUCGCUCUCGCUGUCUCUCCCCCCGUACCCAUCAGGUGGUGUGGGUGACAAACCUGGGAAGGUGGAUGCUGGGAGCAGUGGGUUUGAAGAGUGUGCAGAAUGAGCCUGGGGCAGCUGCCAGAUUGGCAUCUCUGGGACCACCUCCCCACCCCCCCCCCCCACCGUGUGACUGGAAGGGCCCCUGAGCCUGGCAGCAGACACUAGACUGGUCUCCCACUCGCUGAGUGCCUACCUGCCCAGGGUAGGCAGAAAGUGACUGACUGGUAACCUCCCCUCGCCACCUUCCGAUAACCCAGAACGGUGAUCCCAGGAUCACUGAUUUUUUUUUUCUCUCUCUCUUCAAGAAACAGGAAACCUGUUCUGCAUCCUCUUGUGCCUCAGUUCGAUUUUGAGUUGCCGUUUUAGUUUCUCGGUCAUAUGUGAGCUUGCGAUGAUUGAAUUAUGCAAAGUGUACAGAGCACGGGAGGGGUGUCAAAGGAAACCCCCUUCUCGCUCCCCACAGAAAAGCAGUCAGCGUGGGUUCUCUGAGAAACGCAGGGUCAUUCUGUCCCUGUAAGGAAAUAAUGAGAUGUUUUAAGUGUUGCCUCACCUCGUUUGUUUCUGCUGAGCGUCUCCACCACUGACUGCACCUCACUCACAACACGGAGGUAAAACUCCCUCGGCUCUUUCAAAUGGAAAGGCAAGUUCCCUCCACACUGCCCCCAAUCAAACACUCCCAGGGACAGGGACAGCACGGGGUUAGAUACAGAGUAAAGCUCCCUCUACACUGUCCCCCAUCAAACACUCCCAGGACGGGGAUAGCAUGGAGUUAGAUACGGAGUAAAGCUCCCUCUACACUGUCCCCCAUCAAACACUCCCAGGACAGGGACAGCACGGAGUUAGAUACAGAGUAAAGCUCCCUCUACACUGCCCCCAAUCAAACACUCCCAGGACAGGGACAGCACGGGGUUAGAUCCAGAGUAAAGCUCUCUCUACACUGUCCCCAAUCAAACACUCCCAGGACAGGGACAGCACAGAGUUAGAUACAGAGUAAAGCUCCCGCUACACUGUCCCCCAUCAAACACUCCCAGGGACAGCGCGGGGUUAGAUACAGAGUAAAGCUCCCUUGUCACAGUCUCUGAACUGCAGUACCAGCUGUGUUAAAUAAGGUUUGUCCUGGUCUGUUGUUCAGUUGUAAAGAGACUCCCAGCAGAUUGUUUUCAGUAAUGAGGAGUGAGACAUUACAAAGGGUCAGAGGUCAGAUUGAAGCCAUUUUCCCUCCGGCCCCCCCCCCCUCUGAGAGUUGAACCAAGAUUGGGCUGCACCUGACAUUGGUCUGGGCCUGUUUCAGUCACGGAACGGCUCUACAGGAUCAGUCCAGGGACUCUAAGCCAGUUAAACAUUAGGGAGGCCUUGGGAAAAGUCAGUACAAUUUCAUAAGGAACUAACACCGUGAGGAAACCAGCAGGAAUUCCAUUUCAGGUGAGGUGGAUAGUUGCAGCGAUAAGAUGUGUGUUAGUCCAACAUGAAGAGAGAUGUGAAAUGAUGAAUGAUGCUUCAUUGGCUGUGGGACAGCUCAGAGGGACGGCUGUAUCGAGUGGAAGCCAGACCUUAAAUCGGCUGCAGGCACCACUUCGGGUUGGAGAUUUGGAUGUGAAAUAUGGCCAUUCCAGCUGUAGGAUGGUUGGGAUUGGGAAUUAAACGUACCAAGUUACAGGGUUUACAGGCCAGAGCAAUGGUGCAGUACCCUUAUUGAUGAGAAGCAAAAUGACUUCAACGGUGAGGGAGGGUAUAACAGGGGGAAAGGAUUCACUGGAGGCCGUGUGGAUGGAACUGUGGGACAGGUAAAGGUCUAGAACUGUAGUAGGUGUUGUGUACUGACCUCCCCGUUAGCAGCUCUGAGCUGCUGCGGUCAUAUAAAUGCAGAAAUUACACACGUGUGAGGGCAAAAUCAGGCGAGUGUUAAUGGGGGCUUUUGAACGUGAAUGUAGAUUUGGAGAGGUGUACCUGUCAGAAAGGUAGGGAAUUUCUGGGGUGUUCCCCAGCGUGUUACAGGGGGACCUGCGAUACUGGAUUUAGUCAGGAGCUGGAUUAAAUUUGUAAUCUCAUUGCGUGUGAGCGUUUCUCAAGUCGUGAUCAGAACGAGAUCGGGUUCAAUGCAGCGUUUGCAAACAAAUCCAUGAAGGAGAGGUUUAGCUUUAGGUAAGGAGAGCUUGGACACGACACAGCAGAGACAGUCUGCGGUAGACUGGGGGGAAUCCGUUCCCAGGUAAAGCGAAUGGAGAGACGUUUAACACAAUGCAAAAGCGGUGUCUACCCCCAGAGGGGGAAAAAUCUCCCCCUCUCAGAAAACACAGCCGUGGGAAACGAAAAAAGGAGGUGAAUGGAAAAGGAGAGGUUUCCAAAACCCCAGCACCAAGCCAGCUGUCUGACCAGCUGCAAGGAGGGAUUUGGGAGCAACGCCAAGUAAUAGUGAUAGAUCCAUGAAGGGGAAGGAGACGGGCAGGAGCAAUGUUGGCUCAGUAAAGACUGACAGGGGGGGGUAUUAUCAAUGGCUAGGGGCAAAUAGACCUCUCGCCCAAUUCUAUCCCCCUCAGCAGGAAAGGAAGAUCAACUUGUCAGAGGUCCCCAGCAAGUUAGUGGAUUGGGGACUGAAUGAAAUGGUGUCAGUAAAACAUUAUUAUUGAGGAAAUUAAUGGAAUUAAAGAAUGACCAAUCUC